CCUCCCUUGCCCGGCGCCAGCAUAAAGUCACGGCUCAGCCCCACCGAGGCCAGUCGGCUCCCCCACAGCACCCGCACCAUGCCCAUGAUACUGGGUUACUGGGACAUCCGCGGGCUGGCUCAUGCCAUCCGCCUGCUCCUGGAAUACACAGACUCAAGCUAUGAGGAGAAGAGAUACACGAUGGGGGAUGCUCCGGACUAUGACAGAAGCCAGUGGCUGGAUGAGAAAUUCAAGCUGGGCCUGGACUUUCCCAAUCUGCCCUACUUGAUUGACGGGCCUCACAGGAUCACCCAGAGCAACGCCAUCCUGCGCUACCUUGCCCGCAAGCACAACCUGUGUGGGGAGACAGAAGAGGAGAUGAUUCGUGUGGACAUUUUGGAGAACCAGGCUAUGGACAUCUCCAAUGAGCUGGCUAGAGUCUGCUAUAGCCCAGACUUUGAGAAACUGAAGCCAGAGUACUUGGAGCGCAUCCCAGAGGUACUGAAGCUCUUUUCGCAGUUCCUGGGGAAGAAGCCAUGGUUUGUUGGUGAUAAGAUCACCUUUGUGGAUUUCCUUGCUUACGAUAUACUUGACCUGCACCGAAUAUUUCACCCUAAGUGCCUGGAUGAAUUUUCGAACCUGAAGGACUUCGUAUCCCGCUUUGAGGGCCUGAAGAAGAUCUCUGCCUACAUGAGGUCCAGCCGCUUCCUCCCAACACCUCUGUAUUCCAAGAUGGCCACAUGGGGCAACAAAAUCGCUGUGGAUGACUCUCCGUGUCAGUGAAUCUCCCUGUGUUCA